AUGGCUAGUGGGACUUGGCAACUUGAGGUGUCGAGCUCCGAUCAUGAAGGCGAAAGAGAGGCAGUAAAGAUGAAAAAGGAGAUUGGCAUACUGCAAGCAGUUAGUAUCAUAUUCGGUGUUAUUGUGGGAUCUGGCAUAUUCGUGUCGCCUGUCGGUGUUUUGCGAUAUUCCAACUCGGUGGGUCUCUCGCUAAUCAUGUGGAUUGUACCGGGCCUCUUCAGCAUGCUUGGUGCUUUGGUGUAUGCUGAACUGGGUGUGCGAAUCCAGAAGUCGGGUGGCGAGUACGCCUAUAUCCUCGAAGCCUUUGGGGGCCUACCCGCAUUCAUUGUGAUGUGGAUUACCUUUGUAGUCAUUGGUGGCGUCAGCUGUGCUGCCAAUUCGAUUGUCUUCGCUGAAUACAUUCUGCAACCCGUAUAUCCCAACUGCGGGAUUCCUGCGCCCGUUGUUAGCAUGAUUGCCCUCUGUGGUCUGAUGCUGAUUUGUGCGAUAAACUGCUACAAGGUUAGGUGGGCCACGAGAGUUGCAGUGAUCUUCUCCUUCGGCAAGAUCAUCGCUCUUUUACUCAUCAUAGGUUUUGGUCUAUACCAUCUUGCAACCGGUCAUGUGGAGAGUUUUCACAAUGCUUUCGAGGGCUCGAAUACAUCACCCGGAUAUCUGGCUCUCACCUUCUACCAAGGCUUCUGGGCAUUUUCGGGAUGGUUAGUGUUGCUUGUAUGUCAUUUACGUAUUAUCGCUUGA